ACACUCUAUACCAGACGAGUCACGUGACCAGAUCGUCACUAAGGACGCAUAUAGGACUAACCAUUACGUGGAGUCGACAUGAGGACGUAAAGUUAUUAAUACUCGAUAAUAUUGGGAAUUACAAUGGUGGCCCAUAAGGGAUCCACUGCCCUUACGCCGGUAAUGGAGGGGCGGGAUCGGACCAACUCCACCCUUACGGGACAGAAAAGGGUUUCCGUGAAACUCACCCCAGACAAAAGCCCAGUCCAGUCGACCAAACACCCUUGGAAGGACCGGAAGGCACUUAGUGAAGACUACGAAGGGCAUAUCAGUGGUCGUGAAGGAUGGUGGCGCACCUACAUCCGGGAAACACCCUUGCCUGGAUCGUACGAGACUGAAGAUUUCUUGGUAGACUUGGACAAACGUCCACACACCUACAGAUUCAAGUCGGAUGGUAGGAAGAUCGAUGCCCAUCCCCACGGGAAGGGCGCCCUGCUCCUCCCCGGGGCUUACGAGAUGCAACCAUUCACGAGGAGACUGGAGCAACAGCCAGCGACUUACAAUUUCAAGGCCAUAGACAGAGGACAACGAGGUUUUAAUUUCGGUCGGAAAGACAAGGAUAUCAACGUCAGUCCUAAUGCCUAUGAAAUGGACAAGUAUUUAACAGUAGCUGUAGAUAAACAACCCUCUAAACAUUCUAUGUUCAAAUCACAAUCACGGCGAUUCCCAACGAUGCCGUUUAGACCUAGAAUAGGCCCCGGACCAGGGAACUAUGAAUAUUCUCCGGAAGUGCCACUCCAUCCAGUGUCAUCAAGCUUCAAGUCAAAAACACCACGAUUCUCUAGUUCACACACGAGAGUACCCGGACCUGGAACAUAUGCCAAGACUCACCAGUACCCAAUGAACAAUAAUAUUUCAAACAUGGGCAGACAACAUGGCCUCUUCUUCACCAGCGCCUUCCAAGCCUAAACCCAGGGAUCAGCAUCAAUUUCCAUCUUUCCGUGUCUGAAUAUCGCUCUCGAUAUCUGAUCUUCUUUCUUGGAAUAUGUCACAACAAAAUAAAAUGCGCUGUAUGAACUUACUAGUAGAUGGAAGUAUUUGACUAGUUUGGAAAAUGUGGGCUUCUUUCUUUCGAUUAGUACUAUAGUACCUUUGUAAUAUUCAAAGGUCAUAUACUAGUAUGAAAAGUGGUCUGUUUUGAUGUCUGAAACUAAAUCAGAUAGCAUUCGACUUUUGUUGUGACAUACGCCAAGAGUGCAGGAAAGAUAGUUUUGUCAAGAAUUGAACCCUGGAUAUCCUACUCCAGCGGAGACGCAUCGUGGAUGAGUGAUAUGCCGGUAUCAUUACAACUACAAACGAACCAAGCGCGCCAUGGUAUCUCAAUGAAUCAGAGCGAACAACUUUAACUACAAAUUGGAACAAAACACUGUUAUUCACAAGGUUAUAGAUUGUGAUGUCGAUAUGGAAAUGUAUUAACCAGAAAGGAACACUAACCGACGUAUAAGGCUGAAUUGUUAAGCGUUGGUUCAGUUGAAUAUGUGUCAUUGGGUUCCAUAUUAAGUAAUCUAAAAUAAAUCUGAUUAGUACAGAAUGAGUGAGAGAGGGAAGGUCAUUACAUCGAAGAGAACGUGGGUCGACUUUUCUUAAAUUCAGUGGUAUAUUAGGUUGUGAAUAGGAAGGGACAGCCGGACAUCAAUAUUUAUUCUUUAAUUUACGACAAUCUAGUCCUAUUUAUUGCACAGAGUUUCUAAUACUACAGGUAGUGGGGUAGCGUUUUGUCACGUGACUAGGUAAAACUUAACUUUCAAAUACUGAUGGAACCGCAGCGAAUUGAGAAUUAAUUGUGGUGAACAAAAUUGUUCUUAUCCAUAACAACACAAUAAUAACACUAUUCGUAUGGGUUAUCUCGAUUAGAUAUGAACUGGAAAUAUUGUUAUUUUAAACUGUUCAUGGCUAGACUUGUUUAAGUGGUUUAACCGUAUUAUUGCAAAGUGAAAAUAGAAAAUAUAUAAUCAGGACACCUGUUUGAGAAUCGAUGACGUUUUUGAUAAUAUCCGAUAGAAGCAUGGAUUAUGAUGCAGUGUCUAUAUUUUACUUAUCAGUAUUAUGUUGAUGUAUAAACAAUUAUAUUUAUUAAUAGGGUUCAUAAACACCAUUGUAUCAUUGUUUCGUGUGCUCGAAUGUUAUUAUCUACAUGUCCUACUUUAUCAGAAAUUAAAAUAUAUUUUGUCAUCUA